GACUCGAACCUGCAAUAUGUCCGCAAGCGACUUGUCACGGGAUCAAGCCGGAUUUACCCCCGAGCAGAAAAAAUUACAAUGGUGUGAAUACGUGAGGCGAGAGAAACAUAUAGCUGAUAAGGCUUACGAUUCUUGGGGAAAAGCUUACGGUACCUGGUUAACAGAAGAGCAGAUCAAGCAAAAUCUUUCAUAUUUUAACAAUAGCAAAGAUCAUAAAGAAUAUUCAGAAUAUGAACGAUUGUUUCACCUGAAAAGGGGAUACGAAGAAAAAUUGCAUCGAGACGAUCGAGCUAAUAGGAUUGGUCUAAAUGUUCACGAUGAGGAAAGAAAAAAGGCGGUUCCUAUUCUAUCUUCAUCAGUUUACGGCAUUCGUCCAAAGCUAGAAGAACAGGCCAGACAGCAUGUGAUAAUUGAAAGCGUCAACAAAGGAUUUUAUCGAUCACGAGGGACAAAUAUUCCCAGUAGUUCAACGCCAGGAUCCUAACAUUCCAUGCUUUAUGUACCGUAUUUAACUUAAAUUUUAGUGUUAAAUCAAUGUGUUUCAUAAUACAGUAUUUGUUAAAUUUAUAUUGUUACUUACUUUGACAUAUUUACAGCCAUAAAAUAAAUUUGUGUUGAGUAACCACUUCGAAAA